ACAAAGCAAAUUUGAUACGGUUCAACAGACUGUUAUUUAUUGGAUAUAUUAUAUUCAGUGCUGCGUGUAUGUUUGUAGAAAAAUCUAGUCUGUUGGGAAAUUUAUGGUAAAUGUGCUGAAAGUGAUUCAAACGUUAGAUCAUGAGCGUUAGAGCGGUGAGACAACCCGAUGGCUCGGAUCUCUUACGGACAAGCUAUUUCUGUCAGAUGAAUAAGAGUAAUCCAAGGCAACUCAACGUAGUUAUGGAAAUGGAUGCAAACCGUCCGGGAAAAUCAGAAAGGCAGAAUACGGUAUACAAGAGGUACGUGUUGGUGAUAGACGUCAGUUCAAGCAUGGAUCGUGUUAUAGAUGGACAGACAACUACUUUGCUGCAGAGGAUGAAGGCGUUUACGAAUUUGUUCAUCGAUAAAGCAAAGUCGACUGUUUUGCUCGGUAUCGUUACAUUUUCUAAAAUUGCUCAUGUGGCAUUGGGACUGACACAAAUGGACAAGCAAGGAAAGAAAAUUGCCAAGGCGAUUGUGGAGACGCUAAAAGUUGAAAAUGCUACAAAUAUUAGUGCUGGCUUGUUCUUGGCAUUGGAGAUGAUAAAAGACCGAAGUCAUUCUCGUGAUUCGAUCAUUAUUUUCACGGACGGAGAAGCCAACUGUGGGAUUACCGAAGCAGGGCCGUUGAUCACGGAAUAUCGAGAGAAAUCACAAGAAGGCGGACAAUCUUGCGUUCCACUCUCAGCUAUUACUGUUGAAGGAUAUCUUCCUGGUUUACUGUACGAGAUUUCGUAUCAUCUUGGAAGUGACGCGUUUUAUUGGGUGAAUGUACAAACAGACUUUGAAGCAGACAUGAUGAUCCCACAAAUAAUAAGAGAUCUGACAAAUAUAACUGACGUCACUGUGGUGGCUACUGCACUCGAAGGAACAGAAAUACAACCAGAUCCCAGUUACACCGACAAUGAAGUGGAAACAUCUAUAUACAUUCACUCACUUCCAAGUGAUAUAAAGAGAAACAUUUACUUUUGUUUACAACUGCCAUCAAAUUACAAGAAACUAAAUGGAAAAAUUAUCUUGCGUCUCGAUGUAAGAUUUGUGGACGAAACAUUAAAUUGGAGGCGCUUUACCGAUUCCAUUAAACUGUGCCUUAAACCUGUGCAAGAUGAAGCAAAAAAACAAACAUUACUAUGUGUUUCAGAUGCUAAAACGCAGAAAUAUCGAGAAUCGGUGGUUGCUUAUGUGAGCUGCAAAAAUACUAUUCACACAUCAUGGCGAUACAUCGGUUCAUGUAUCUCCAAAGUAUAUGAUGAGCAAUGCAAGAGAGAGGCGUUGCGAUAUUUCACACAGAUGAGAGAAUGCAUUAAGAAUGAAGAUACAAGUCAAGUUAACCCAGGGUACGAAAUGUCAUAUAAAACCAUUAAAGGGAAAAUUGAAGAAGCUGCUCGCUGUCUUGGUGAAAAGAACCCAUACAGCCAGACAUUUACUGGCCGGGCAAAAAAUUACCUUGGGCAUCUUCAAUACGCUAAAGUUUCCAUCCUUAAAGCCGGUUUGGCCGAUUUUGCUAUCAAACUAUGGGGAGCAUUCGCCGCAAUGGGAUCGUCAUUUGAGAAAGAAAUGCCAACUGCAAGCGGAGUUUUUAGCUCGGACUUGAAACAACCAUUUAUGCAUCCGAUAAUUGAAAAAAAACUUGUCAUGUUUCGCGAAGCACUGCGAACUGGAGUAACAACACGAAAGAGGCUGUUGUUCGAAGGACACAAUGUUAUUCUUUCGGAAACGUUGAAAUCCAAGGUUGUUCGAGCCAACCUCUUGCCGAGUUUAUUAUCAAACUUAGGCGCACGACCAGUUAAUAGCGCAACAGUCGUGAAAGGAUAUGACCGAAACAACCCGAACGUGUUCAUGCUGUGCAGCCAAACAGACCUAAACAGACGAUCACAACUUUUCAUGGACGCUGUAAAACAUAAGAUUGACAUUGUAUCAGAAAGCUAUCUGCAAGAUUGUCUUGCGACGGAUGAAGUUUUAAAACGAGCCGACUAUCUGUUAUGUUAGAUCCAAAUGUUCGUAACUACAUUUAUGAAAUGACAGUACUUCCGGCAACAAACAUUUAAAAGACAAAAAAACUAUCGUGUUUGUAAAUAAUCUCAUAUUGCCAAUUUUAUAGUCGUCUGGUUGUUAUAAUGUAAUAUAUUGCUGUGGUCCUUGCAUGAACGUUUGGUUCUUUCGAUUUAACAAUGACACAGCAGAAUGCUGGAAUCCGCAAUGAAUAAUAAAGAAAAAAAAACAUUUAAAAGAAUUAUAAAACCGUAUCCCUAGAACUUCUACACCGUUGUUAAUUGUGAGCACUGAACGUGUUGGUUAGUUUUGCUUAUGUGAAUGGCCUUAUGUAAUAUAUAUUUUAGUAGGCUAAAAUAUUUUUAUCUGCAUUGUGGUUAAUGCGUGGGUGCACUAAUAAAAAGUUGUUCAAAUAUUA